CUGAAGGGGGUGUGGCUUGUGGCUGUCCGUGGACUCGCCUCGUCUCCUCCAACUCCACUCCAGCGUCUCACACCGGCGACGUCGACAGCACCUUGAUCACCCGGAGCCAUGAAGAUCUGGACAUCGGAACACGUUUUCAACCACCCAUGGGAGACGGUCAUCAAGGCAGCUAUGCAGAAGUACCCCAACCCCAUGAACCCCAGUGUGUUUGGAGUGGAUGUGCUGGACAGAGGAAUCGACCAACAGGGUCGCCUUCACAGUAAACGACUGCUCAGUACAGAGUGGGGCCUCCCAUCGAUAGUUAAAUCGAUCAUCGGUAACACUCGGACGUGUACGUACAUCCAGGAACAGUCUGUUGUAGACCCCAAAGAGAAGUCUUUUGAGCUUCAGUCCACAAAUAUCACUUUCACAAACCUGGUGUCGGUCGAUGAGAGACUAACAUACAAGCCUCACCCAGAGGACUCAGAUAAAACAAUACUCACGCAGGAGGCAAUCAUCUCAGUCAAAGGUGUCAGUCUGAGCAGCUAUCUGGAGGGCGUCAUGGCCAGCACCAUCUCCUCUAAUGCAGGGAAGGGCCGUGAAGCCAUGGAGUGGGUCAUCAGGCGCUUGAAUGUAGAAAUCGAGGAGCUGGCUGCUACAGCACGCGGGACCAUUCGCACGCCUAUGGCAGCGGCAGUCACAGAGAAAUGACCUUUUCCAUCACCAAACUAAAACUGCACAGUGCCAGCACCCCCUGUCUGUGGUGCUCAGCACAGUUUUCUACAUCCCAGGAGCUUCUAUCCACCUACUUACCAUCUACAUUAGAUGUGUGUAAAAUGCACUUUGCAACUUAAAGGGGAUCUAUUUUGGGGAUGCAUCUCAACAUGUGGCAUUACAGAUAAGGGAAAGUUGUAGCUCCACUCUGCGUGUGCUUGAGGGAAUUUGAUGUUGUCAGACGACCCUCUUUUGACGGCGACUUCUCAAGACAACAAGUGCCAAGAAGAAGAUGCCCUUUUCUGAUCAUUCGUCAAUCUGAUCAGCCUCUUUAAGACACAAAUUGCCAGCGGCUUCUGGUUAAAUACCUCAGACUGCCAACAAACGACUCUGUUGCGAUGCAGUGAGUGGCUGUGUUUGACAGUGUUUUGCCAGUGGUAGGGAUUGAGUGCCAUUCCUGACAGGACAGGAUCCUGGUGUCAACAUUCUACUACCUUCCAGUGGAGGCUGGUGACUCUUAUGUUUACAGAUGUAAACAAGCCUCGGUAACGAAAUGCUUCGCCAAGCACAGUUGACUAAUAUAAACUGUAUUGUUCAUAUGUUGUUUAAGGUAAGGGAUCAAGUUACUUUAUUUGUGGUUUGAUGAAGAAAAGGCCGUCGUAACUGCAUUAAUAUAACCCCAUCUGCAUGUAAACGGAGUCAAAAAAACGUAUUUAACUGUACUGACAUGUGUGUAGACAAGCACAAGCUGCUCAUAUGGAUCAUCUAUGAAUAAGAGAAAUGUGAAUGGCCCCUGUUAAGAUGUUUCUGGAAGGUCUUCUGCUGCAUAAAGCAGCGUCAUGGUGAUAGGGGGAGGGGGGCUGCUUUCUUCCUGUGUUGUGUUACCGGAUUAUUUAUUGGCGCAAAGGACUGCUUGAAUGGUUUAUAAACACUCAUAGUUUGCAUUUGGAACUUGUUUUUUUUUUGUGUGUGCCUCUGUAAAAGUAACUAUGAAAGCAACUGCUGUAUGAUAAUAAA